CUUCAGACUGUCAUCACCAUCUGCACAUUUUUAGUUUGGACUUUUGGUCAUUGAUGAGUACGAAUAUAUAUGUAUGUAUAUGUAUAUGUAUAUGUUUUUUUAAUAGCUAGACAGGGACGGGAUAGGUCUAGAACCUUAGAAGUUAAGAACGCGAGUAUUACAGUCCUGCACACAUACUUACACAUACUGACACAAGCACGCAGACACUUUACAGUUUUCACAUCUACACAUACGCGAAUAUGCACUAUCCUGCUUCGGUGAUCAUAGCAGCAGCUGUUGCUGCGAAUGCGCUUUCUAUUCAAGAUUUGAUGGGAGCUCUUGUUCGCAGUGAAAGGCAAACAGACGAUAACUACUGUGAAUUUGGCAUGAGUUAUAUCUGUGAUUCUACUAAGAAUGCGCUCGAGUGUGAAUACGAGACAUAUCCUUUCGACGAGUGUAAUGAGUAUUGUGCUCGCGUGUCUGAUUUACCUUUUUGUGUAUAUGAUAGUGUUGAAGGUCCUAUCACGGUCGUAUCUGAACUGGAAAAUGAAAUGGCCGCAGUGAGUGAAAACGAAGCGGCACACGACGGUGAUCUGCCAGAAUCGUCUGAUUACACGGAAACGGAUUUAAAUAUUGAUGCCAAUGAGUUAGAAGAAAACGAACCACUAUUGUCGGAUGAGUUCUCAAUGCCUGAAGAAUCAGAUAUACUGGAGGCCAUAGAUAUAAGCGAUUUGGAAGAUAUUGAUGUGGAGGAAGGUAUGGAGAACGGGGGGAACGCUGACGAGUCUACUAAGGCAGCGGAAGAUGUUGUUGAGGGUAUACAGCAAAGCACUACGGAUACCGAAGCCUCCACAUCUACCGAACUAGAUGUACCAGAACUGUCUGAGAAUCUACCUAUUCUACCAGCUCAGGAGAGCGAGACCAUGAAUGCGAGUGAAAGUAUGGAGGUUGGCAUGAGCGCUGAAACACCAGCGGAGAGUAUAGAUGAGAGUGGAAACAGCGAUAUGGAAAUGAGUACGGGGAUGACAGCGAUGAGCGAGGCAGAGACUGAUGAUCUGUUCCUUGUAACCGUAUAUAAUGCAUUAGAGAGCUCGGCGUUGAGUACUUCCAUGGAGAUGUCUACGGAGGGAGAAACUGAGACCCAUAUACUUUCACCUAUUGAAAAAGCUGUGGGAAUUUCUGAUGGUGGUGACAAUCAAGAGACGUUCUCUGGCAAUGUGGUCGAUGAAGGAGUUGUCAACGAGGAAGUUUCCACACACAGAUGUUUCGAAGGACCCUCUUUCUAUUGUGCCAGCUUCGCCAACGCCGAACUAUGUGGUUACACCGUUGAAAACUGCAGCCUGUACUGCAACCCUGGUUGGUACCCCGAACUAUCAAAAGGCGAAGUCUGUGUGUAGAGCUUUUCUGUGCUUCAGUCGAUUGACAAGCCGAUUUUUCGACAAAGUGCCAUGCUGAAGUCUUUUCACAGGGUCGUUCAAGGCAAGACAGGGCUAGGCUAUACAUAUUAGAUGUGUACACUAAUCGCAAGCACCCGCAAGUACGGGACCUGUGGCGAUAUGCAUACAUUGCUAUAAUGAUGGCAAGUGGCCAUUUUUAUGUACCUGUGUGCAAAUACACCUCCACAUGAGCACACGACAUAGAGCUCGUGUGCAUAGUCCCUUGCAGCAAUCAUACAUGGUGUGCUUUCGACACGCAGACACUCGCUGUAAAACAUGUUUUGCAAGCAUUUAUCUUAAUGUCUUGUGACUGGUAUGGACUCAAUUCAUGCCGACCAUAGCAGGAAACCCCAAAGUCAUACCCCUAAACGUAUAUGUAUUGGUAUGUCAAUGAAAUACAUACAAUAAACCAGUAAGGGUCGGGAAAGGAUGUACUCCUGCGCGC